CAUGUUCAUCACACAAAUCCCGGGUAUGUGACCCGACGUCGGUAAAAUUCAAACUCGAUUGAUCACGUCCUUUUUCCGGUCAAAUUCAACUUAUUUGCUGCUGAUUAUUACCGCCAGUGCACCAUCUGUGACAAAAACCCGCUGCAAUUAUAAGCCUCAGAAAACGCCCCUAAAAGACCACAGCAGUGAUUCUUUUUCUUGCACAAGAUCAAAAUUAUAGAAAUAAGUCAACUACUCUCUCUUGCAACUUUAAAUUAAGCUGAAGCUGUGCGAGCUGCUAGAUUUAGCACUAUUUUGGUUCCUUUGCUACAAGAAGUAGAAGAAGUUCAAGUCCUUGCUAUUCUCAAUUAAAUUGCUCGUUGCGCAAAGCAUUUCCUGCAAAAUUUCUUCCGCAAACUCCGUGUUUUUUUGUUGGACCUGCAAUUGUAACAAGAGCCGACGGCUUUAUUGCUGUAAAUUCACACCAAAUCAAAAUCAAAUAGAUUUGCAGCUUUUUUGCUACACAAAAUCAUGGCGCGUCGUCCUACUCUGUCCGUCCGAGGAGCACUCGGGGCCGCUACCGCAGCGCUUCUGCAUCUCAGUUGUUGUGCCCCAGUCCCAGAGCACCCGGCACUACUUGUUGCAGCCGUCCAAGUAAAAAGGUCUUUCGACCGUCUCCUGGGGCCGCGACAGCCGCUAGACGCCACCUCGCACCGAAAGCUUGCCGCUGACAAGAAGAACGAGUUUGUUGUCACAGAUCUGAAAUCACGCCUCCUUGCGGAAGCGUGUUUUGGUAGCGAAGAGGCAGCAAAAUUGCCGCACAAGUAUGAGCCGGCGAAAAAAGACGAGCCAUUGCUGGACUUGGUGAAAGGCGGGAAGAUAUGGAUUGUAAAAAUGUCUGGGUCUGGAAGAAUGCAAGCUUUGUGAUGCAGGUUUUCCAUGACCCAUGAGGUCUGGAAUGCGAGGCCCAGCAUCACAGAUUCUUGGGGGUCUCUAUCAUGCCUUUCCUGCAUGAGAGACUCCCUCUCAACUUGUUCAAAAGCGGACAGCUUUUGGUACUCACGCAACACAGAUUUUUGCAUCAUUCAGAUUUAGCAUGACAAGUUCUAAUCUUCCAGACCCAGACAUUUUUGCAUUUGAUAGAAGAAAGACGGAUCAAGUUGUACCACAGCAUCUGCAAAGCCGCUUGUCUUGCGGGACAGCACCAAUGUGCGUGCGGGCAAGAUGAACACAUCGACUGGUGUCAACAACUCGUCCCCUUUUGGCUUCUCCACCGAACAAGCAGGUGCAACUUCUUCUACUUCUAGAGCCCCGUUUCUGCUGAACCAGACGCGCGACGCGGAAGAGUUCAGGACCCUGCGUCGAGACAUUCACAAAAAGGAAAACCAGUUGGCAAAUCCGGUGAAAGUCCUCGACCCGAGCACAAAACUCUCCGCGCUGGUGGUGGAGGACAGAAGUACUACAACUGCGGGUAGUAGUUCUUCAUCUUCUAGAAGAAGUAGAAGUACUAGUACAACAGCUGCAAAAGAAAACACCCUCGUCAAAAAGUACGGCCAGAUUACGGACAGUUGCGCCUGCGUGCUGGCUAUCACAUGCAAAUAUGUCUGGGGCUGGGAACUUGUAAUGCUGAAUGGUCAUGAUUAAGUGCGGCUUUAAGUGCAGUGCAGCAUGACAAAGUUUUCAGUCGCUUUCUCAUGCGCAGCACGCAUUACAAAGACAAACUGCGACUUUGCGUGACGAACAUGUGGCGCUUUUGCUGCUUGUGCAAUACAGAUUUUGAGGGCAUGCGAAACACGCAAUACAGGCUCAACCUGUUCGGACCCAGACACAUUUGCAAUGCAUACUGGCCCAAGCCCUCCAGGACGAGAUUCAGGUGGUGAAUUUGGCGCGCGCAACGGACCUAAAGACCUACCGCAUGAGCAGCUCAAACAACACCUUUGCGCGCGAGGGUGGGGCCCAGGGUGAGAGCUUCUUCGGGGGACACGACCUCGAGCACGAGGUACUUUACACCGCGGUUUGCUUGCCUAAGUCCGAUGCGACGAUCGCGCAAGACCACAAGAGUGGGAAGCCAAGUGCUGAUAGUGAUGAAGAACUUCCAGACUUUGUCCACGCUAUGCCUUACGUGGCCGCCGGAGCGACGUACUUCAAAAUAAACCCCCGAACGGGGCUGAUUGCCGAGGACUGCGUGCCGACGCACGGUGUCGAAAUCUGGCAGUUGGAAUCCGAGGAUGGCAGUAGACCACGGCUUAUCAAAUGCAAAAAGGUCUGGGUCUGGAAGGAUUCGAAUUUGUGAUGCGAAGUCUACAUCAUGAUAAAAUCUGUCAUGCAUCAUGGCUAGCAAUAAAAAGCCUCACUUCUUGUUUCCGAGGGAGAGGAUUUGUCAUGCGGAUUAGGCAUUGGAAUAAGUGCUUAAAAUCUGUGAUGCUAGAGCUUGCAUGCCAGACGAUCUGGGUCAGGCAAAAACUGCAUGACAGAUCUCGCAUUCUUCCACACCCAGACAUUUUUGCAAUCCAUACGGCUGCUGCGACGAUUGCCCUCUUCCGGGGGGAUAUCGCAAGGAAAAAUCCCCCCUCCCCAUAUUGAAGAGGUAGGUUUUCGAAAAUUUGUGUUGCUGAUUUGAGGUCACAAAUUACGUUUGUGUUGCAAGAAGACAAGGGCAACAGCUUCCGUCCCAUUAUGGAGGCGGAUUGUCAUGCUGUUGAGCCAACAUCACGGACCCUUGUCAUGCUAAACGCCUAAGUCAAAACCUCUCCGCUCAGGCUUGAUAUGGGUCUGCAGUCCUCUCCAGCAAUACAGAUGCGAUCUGUGUACUCAAAUACAGCAACACAGAUUCCGCUUGCGAUAUGGGGAGGGGGGAUUUUUCCUCACAAUAGGGGAUGGUCCGGUGUUUGGACUGGCACGAGUCUAUGCUGACCGCCGGCCGAGAGGACGGCACGGUCUCCGUCCACGACAUCCGAGACCGGGAUUCGUUGAUGACCAUCAUCCCCAUCUGCAAGCCUCUCGAAGGGGGGAAAACCAAGAUGGAAACAGGGUUUGACAAGAAGCUGCACCCGGAAAACGACCCGAUCACCCGCUUUGGCGGGCGCAAGCCCGCGUUUACCGAUCACCGCGACCCGGAGGCCUUUCACCGCCGUGACUCGACCGGCCGGCAACCGCCGGUCCCGCACAACGCGGGUCUCCUGGCAGUCGGCACCGAGUUAUGAAAGUGCACAAUUCCCCCCCCCCCCUCAUUUGUAUAGAAUGAACGGCAAUACAAGCAUCAGCAAGAAUGCCGGUUUUGCAUGACAAAUUUCCACUGGAUCUUAGUGCUAUUCGGGCUACCAGAACUUGUCAUGCAAACAGUGCCAAGAAGCAAAGGGUGGACUGGGUAUUUCGCAUGACAAAUGAGGGGGAGGGGGAGUUGUGCAAUGUCAUACCAGUCCGGGAAGGUUUGCGUUUUGGACAUGCGGAACGUGAUAGACGUGACCAAAAACCCCGAGGUCUACUCGACGCAGAGAUAUGCUGAGGAAAAACGUGGCCCACACCCCAUAGUCAAGCUGGGAAAUCUGCAAGACAAAUCAACAAGCUUUUGCUGUUGCGCAUGACAAUUUUGGGGACGUAGUGUAGUCCUGUUUAGCUAGUGUGACCGCAUCACAAAUCUAGCAUAUCAUGCUGAUCGGAGCAUUACAAAUUUCAAAACACGACUAGGAACUGCUUCUCGUGGGGCUCCGCAUGAGAAACAUUUUGAGCAUGCAGAUUUGCAUAACAGCUCUUGGCUGGGGACGUUUUUACGCAGGAUAAGAGACUCGAGGGAUUUACGUCUCCCGUCACCGCGCUCACCUGGGGCGCCAACGAGAACGGCACGACCCUGGCCGCGGGAGAUUUGAACGGUAUGAAAUGCAAAAAUGUCUGGGUCUGGAAAGUUCCCAGGUUUGUCAUGCAUAUUUUGCAUAACCCAUGAAGCCUGUAAUGCAUGACCUAGCAUCACAGAUUUUGAAAGGGCCUUCUGAUGCGUAUUCCGCAUGAGAAACGCACACUCCACGGAGCACAAACUGAACUCCUCUUGCUGGCCAUGCAAUACAGUUUUUUUUAUACCUUCCAAAGACAGCAUCACAAGUUGCAACCUUGCAGACCCAGACAUUUUUGCAUUUCAUAAGCGGGCGGGUGAAGCUACUGCAUCCGUUGGGUAAAUCGAGUUGGUCGUUUUCCGACAGCGCUCCGGACAGUGGUUCUUGCACUGCUACCAAUGCUAUCAAAUGCAAAAUAAAUGUCUCGGUCUGGAAGAUUGCAAGGUUUGUCAUGCUAGUCUGGCAUGACUCUGAACUCUGCAUUGCGUGGCCGCGAAGAGCUCCUCCUCCCUGUCAUGCAAAAACGGAGUUUAUCAUGCGGAAUACGCAACUCAGAACCAUGAAAAAAACUUGUCAUGCUUGGCAGCGCAUUACAGUGAGCACACUAUUCCCUUCCUUGCAUCACAAGUUUCCAGACCCAGACAUUCUUGCAAUCCAUAAAUGCCUCGACUCGCGCGGAAGAGGUAAUUGGUACGGGAAUUGGGGAAAACAAGCCGAUCACCGGCCUGCAAUUUUGCAACUUUCAGGACGGCGCCACGCGGAACGGGCACUAUGAACUGCAAAAGUAUCGUACUCGUAUAUAUAAAUGCAUUACAAAUUUCCGGAACAUGAGAAUAUAAAAUUUGUAAUGCGGACUUGCCUCAAGAAAAAAAUUAAAAUUUGUAAUGCAAGACUUGCAUUUAUACGAGUCACCACUUUUGCAAUGCAUAGGCUCCUGGCGGUGGCGACGCUGGGCGGCGGCACCCGAAUUCACGACUUGGAAAAGGCUGCUGUUGAUGCUGGAACAACUGCUCGCGCAAGAAGAGCUAGUAGUAGUACCUCCAGUACGGGUCCUCGUCCUUCAGGAACAACUACGCCGGCCUCAUCAAGUCAAGAAAAUACAACAACUCGUGGAAGCAGUAGCGGAAAUCCGCGAAGUUCCUAUCCAGUAUCCUACACUUUAGGUGAGUCCACCAAGGAGAUACUCGACCAAAAGGGCGACGGUUCCCAUGACAAGUCUCACGAUUGGGACAAGCGACAGGUCUUCGGCCUGCAGAAGAUUGUCGGGACGGAUGCUGCCGACGUAUCCUCCCCCCAGCCCUACCUGGUCGCGCUGGCGCACGACGUAUCAAAUGCAAAAAUGUCUGGGUCUGGAAGAUUGCAACUUGUCAUGCUGUCUUCGGAUUCGAAAAAAAUCUGUAAUGCAUGACCGGCGAGAGGAGUCCAGUUUUUGCCACGGCGAGAGGCCAUUUCUCAUGCGGAACAGGCAUCAGGAAGCCCUCUCAAAGUCUGUGAUGCUAGACCAUGCAUCACAGACCGCAUGAGUCAUGGAAAACCUGCAUGACACUCUUCCAGACCCAGACACUUUUACAUUUGAUACGACGGCAUUGACGACCCGACGCAGUUGCGUUCGUACGGCAAUCCCUACGUAGCGGACCACAUUUAUGGAUGUGUCAGGAUUGAAAUCGUCAAAGUUGAAAUAGUUAGUCAUGCAUAAACUCGAUACCAGUUGGAAGCCCAAUUUUCAAGCGGCGCAUGACAAAUUUCGGCACCGUCUAAAUUCAGUUUGUCAUGCUGUUUAGGGACAGAAGGCGUCUUUUGUCAUGCUACUUUGUUUAGCAGCUCUACCGCAGACCCCAAACAGGCUGACAGUCGGCCUCACUUGCCAUCCCUGCAAGAGAGGCACUUCAUGCCUUGCAAUUUAUGCAUGAGAAAUUUUUUCAACUUUGUCGAUUUCAAUCCUGACACAUCCAUAACAUUCAUGAGUCGCUGGGCCUGUACCCUACCACCCCCACGCGGCCGCGGAAACGGUCAAGGGUCACUGGAUCUGGUGCUCGGGGUAGUGCUAGCAGGAGCGCCUUUACACCAUCCAUGCGUACUAAUUAUAGUACUCUGCCCCGCCGGGGGCUUAGGCUUUAGGAUAGUGUUUUGGUACUUCUACAUCGUCGGAAAAACAUGUUUUGAUUACUUGUUCUACCUCAUGUACACAACCUCCAAGGUUGACUUGACACCCUAACAGCAAGAAUGGUUUUUUGUCACAGAUGCCGCAAACCGCACAUUUUAGAAAUUUGUUGAUCCCUAUAGCAAGUAGCAACUUCAAAUCUAUGCUUGACAUAAAUCUUCUUCGUUGAAGAUGACGCAACAUCAAAAGUGAGAACCACAACCAAUUUACUUACUACAUCUAAGCAAACAUGAUAGUGAUAGUUGACAAAAGCUGCGUCCCCAGCUUCUUCGACUUUUUGAUCACUUAUUCGUCAGCUUGACCCUCCUAAAAACGUGAACGGAUUGAUUGAUUGACAGCUGAGAUAUCACUCAGACUCACUUCUUCAAGGCUAAUUUCUUCUUCACGCGCAUUUCUGGAAGCCACGAAAUCCCUAUCAAUCAGAACCGGAUUUUUAUUUUUUGAUUUCCUGCUAGAGCAGUUCUAAUUAAAUUCAAGGCGUUGACGAGUUCCUUUUAUUAUCCUAAUUAAGGCUUCAUCAGUCAUUGAAAGUGAAGAAUAUUAAGCUUUUUCUUUCCAGCGCAACAAGAAAUCACCCUCAGUAGCACGACGAAUCUGUUGACACAAGACAAGUUGCAAAAACGAAGAACGAUUAUAUGACAACAAAGAGUACAGAAUGAAAAUCCGUAUCCGCAUGAAAAAAACAACGUUGGCGCCGUCGAGUUUCUGGCCGUCCUGGGAGUGAU